AUGAAUCAACUAAAGAUUGGAGACCAGGAGAAACGAAUUAAAUUUCUAGAAAACAGUGUUGAGAAUUGUCAAUGUCAAAGAGACCACUCGGCAGAUGUAUACUUUGACGGUUCCAGGACUUUAAACAACGACCUAUCAGAAAACAUUCAAAACAGAAGCACCUCAGAUGAAUUAACUGUGCUGAAAGCUGAGUCAGGAGCAGUAGAAUCUGCAUCUAAAAGAAAUUGGAGAAGAUUGUCAGGGACAGAUGGUAAUAUUGCGUUUUUCGCCAAGCUGACUCAUACGGAAACCCAGCCUAGCACUCUUCACACAUUCGUGUUCGAUUCGGCACCAACUAAUAUUGGCGGUCAUUACAACAGGUACUCCGGUAUGUUCACUGCUCCUCGUCAUGGCACUUAUGUCUUCAGCUGGACCAUGUUCUGUUCUGAAGGUGCCCAUAUCAGCUCCCAACUCAUUAAAAACGCUGAUUACAUUGACGCCACUCUUUGUAAUGCAGAGGGGGCAACUUAUAUAAGGUCGACAACGGGUGUUUCUGUUUUGGAACUAAAUCAGGGUGAUGUUGUCUUUAUCCGCACUCAUCCAACUAGCGGACAUAGAGGUGACAUCAAGAGCAACGAGUAUCACCUGUCAACAUUCAGUGGAUGGCUUCUGUAA